AUGCUUGAAGCCAAGCUCCUGGAAGCGGGAACGCUCAAGAAACUCCUCGAUGCGAUCAAGGAGCUCGUGACAGACGCGAAUUUCGAGUGCAACGAGGAGGGCAUCGUCCUCCAGGCCAUGGACAACUCCCACGUCGCCCUCGUGUCCGUCAAGUUCUCAGCACCGGCCUUCAAGCGGUAUCGAUGCGACAGGCCCAUGCCACUCGGUGUGAAUCUGACGAGUCUGACCAAGGUGCUAAAGUGCGCGAAGGACGAUGAUAUCUGCACGCUGAAGGCUGCGGACGAGGCGGACGUGUUGAAUCUGGUGUAUGAAGCCAAGAAUUCGGACCGUAUAGCAGAAUACGACAUGAAGCUGAUGGACAUCGACGCCGACACGCUGCAGAUCCCCGAGACCGAGUACGACGCCCGCGUGACGAUGCCCUCAGCCGAGUUCACCCGCAUCGUGCGCGACCUCUCUCAGCUCGGUGAGUCCGUGCGCAUCGAGGUCUCCAAGGAGGGGGUCCGCUUCGCCUCGGACGGCGAGGCGGCCAACGGUUCGGUCCUCCUCCGCCAGAGUGACGGUGUCGUCAGUGGCGGUACCAUCCGGCCCAAGGAAGAGGACAAGGAGGGCGGCAGUGGUGAUGCGGAAGAGGAGGACAACGAGGAGGGGAGCAGUAAGAAGAAGAAGGAGAAGGCGAAGGUAAAGAAGGAGAAGGGCGAUGAUGACGUCGAUAUGGAAGAGGAGGGCGACAAGGACGAGGAUGGGAAGGAUUACGAGCCCAAAUCGGACGAGGAGGGCGAGGAUGAGCGUAACGACGAAGAGGAUCCGGAAGAGGAAGAUGACGAGGAGGGUGGUAGCAAGAAGCGGAAGAAGAAGGCCAACGGCUCCUCGAAACCAGUCAAGAAGCCCAAGACCUCGAAGAAAAAAUCGAGCGACGACGAUGAUGGCGCAGAGGGCGUCGUCAUCGAGAUGAACCAGCACGUUCAGCUCACAUUCUCCCUCAAGUACCUCGUCAAUUUCUCCAAGAGCGCGUCGCUUUCGGGCAGGGUGCAGCUCAUGAUGAGCAACGACGUGCCUCUCUUGGUCGCGUACGACUUCAACCAAGGGUACAUCCGGUACUACCUCGCACCCAAGAUCGGAGACGACUAA